AUGGAUGAAAGACAUGGGGUUGGGGGCUCCGAGAUGCAACGGCGGUGCCUGCACUUUAGCAACUGGAUGGAGGAGAAUGGACUAUUGGAUUUGGGAUUCUCCGGCCCGAGUCAUACGUGGUUCCGAGGUGACUCCGCUAACACCUUUAAAUCAGCCAGGCUGGACCGAUUUAUAGCCAAUGAUGAGUGGCGUCUGAAGUUUGAUGAGGGUGCUGUAAAACAUCUUCCUAAAGCUUGUUCCGACCAUUGUCCAAUUGUACUGAGUACAAAUGGGUUUGCUCCUAUCCCAAUGAUAUGUAGACCGUUCCGCUUUCAAGCGGCAUGGCUUACACAUGAAAAAUUUGAUGAGUUUGUGCGGGCAAACUGGGAUAAUUCGAGACCCUUAAUUCCAUUUUUAUUGAGUUUUGCUGAUAAAUUGAAUAAAUGGAAUAAGGAAAUCUUCCAUAAUAUAUUUCACAAAAAAGCCAACUUGUGGGCUAGACUGGAAGGAGUUCAGAGGGGUCUAGCAGUUCGACGUCUUGACCACUUGAUUAGUAGAGAGAAAGCCCUUCGGCAAGAAAUGGAACUAGUUUUACAACAAGAAGAAUUAUUGUGGUUCCAAAAGUCAAGACUCGAAGCUAUAAGAGACGGGGAUCGAAACACCAAAUUCUUCCACCUCUCUACUGUUAUUAGACGUCGAAGAAACCGCAUAGAGAUGCUUCAGAAUUCUGAUGGAGUUUGGCUAUUGGAGCCCCAAGCAGUUAAGAACUUAGUAGUUGAGUAUUGGAAGGGUCUCUUUCGAGAGGAUAGCCAAAAUGCUCAAACUGAUCCAUUUAUAAUAAACUGCUUCCCAACCAUUCCGCCAACUGAUUGGGCUAAUCUAACAAAGCCUUAUGCAGCAUGUGAAGUGCAGGCGGCUAUUAUGAGUAUGAAGCCUUAUAAGGCCCCGGGACCCGAUGGUUUUCAACCGGUGUUUUAUCAACAUUACUGGAAUUUAUUAGCACCUUCGGUAACUCGGACUGUUCUAGAUAUAUUGGAAGGUAGACACUUCCCAGAAGAUCUUAACAAGGCCUUUUUGGUCCUGAUUCCCAAGGAACAAACUCCACAAUUUGUGACACAAUUCCGCCCCAUCGGUUUGUGUAAUAUUGUCUAUAAGGCGGCAACUAAAGUUUUAGUUAACAGACUCAAGCACAUGCUACCUACUGUUAUCUCGCCAACCCAAUGUAGUUUCGUCCCAAGGCGUCAAAUCACUAAUAACAUUAUUAUAGUCCAAGAAAUGCUUCAUACCAUGAGAAAGAAACAAGGUAGAACGGGCUUUAUGGCAAUUAAAAUUGAUUUUGAGAAAGCGUACGACAGGCUUCGGUGGAGUUUCAUACGCCAAUCUCUGUUAGAACUCCGUCUACCUCAGGUAAUGGUUGAGGUGAUAAUGCAAUGUGUGACUUCUGCGAAACUCCAAAUAUUGUGGAACGGUGAACCCACUGAGAGUUUCUCGCCGAGCCGAGGAAUCCGUCAAGGCGAUCCUCUCUCCCCGUAUCUGUACGUUAUUUGUAUGGAAAGAUUAGCCCACUUGAUAGAGAAAGCAGUGGAUCUUCAAGUCUGGAGGCCGGUUAAAGCAAGCAGGAAUGGGCCUAGCAUUUCUAAUCUAGCCUUUGCGGAUGAUCUAAUCCUCUUUGCGGAGGCUACGGUAGACCAAGCCAUGAUUAUGUAUGAGUGUUUAGAUCAAUUCUGCGGGGCUUCGGGUAGUAAAAUCAGCCAUGCUAAGUCUCGGGUCUUUUUCUCUUCGAACACUGAAGCUGAAAUCAAAAAGGAUAUUUGCGAUGCACUUAAUAUAACCGAAACUGAUGAUUUGGGUGUUUACCUAGGAGUACCUACGAUUAAUGGGCGAUCUUCGAAAAAAGAAUAUCAGUUCCUGGUUGACCGAAUUAAUGGAAAAUUAGCAGGCUGGAAAUCAAAAAUGAUCUCGAUGGCUGGACGUGCAACGCUGGUCCAAUCAUGUCUCUCUCCGAUGCCGUAUUAUGCGAUGCAGACGACUAAGCUUCCUAGGUCCACUUGUGACGAAAUCGACCGUAUAUCGAGACGUUUCUUGUGGGGUGGGUCAGAGGAGAAAAAGAAAAUUCACUUGGUGUCCUGGGAUACAAUAACGAAACCUAAACAGCUUGGAGGCCUUGGUAUUCGGUCGAUGAGACAAGCCAAUUCGGCCUUCCUAGCCAAGUUAGGGUGGCGGGUAUUAGCAGAACCGGAAGCACUGUGGUCUAGAGUUUUGAGAAGCAAGUACGGAGAUGGGAGAUGUGACAUAGACAUCUUUAAACCCAGACACGGGGAAUCGAAUGCUUGGCGAGGUAUCAUUGAUAACGUAGAUAUUCUGAAAAGGGGGAUGAGUAGGGCGGUGGGGAAUGGCCAAGACACCUUGUUCUGGCGGCAUUCCUGGGCUACCAAUGUCCCUCUUAUUGACUGUGUUAGCCUCCCUCCGCCUACUGAUAUGUUAGACAUGGCAGUUAAAGACAUGUGGGACAACAACGUGGGUUGGAAAACAGAUAUCUUCGCUGAUUAUCUUCCUGCAAAUAUACUCCAAAUUAUUGAGUCAUUCGAGCUUCAAGAGGAUCCUGAAGCCAUCGAUACAGUGUAUUGGAAUGGGAGUGCUUCGGGUGGUUUCACAAUUAAAUCGGCCCUGCAGCUCAUCCGAAACGAUGAGGAGGAAGAUACCCCGAAUCCCUGGAAACAUAUUUGGAAACUUAAACUUCCACAACGAUUAAGAUUUUUCCUAUGGUUGGUAUUCAGAGACCGACUAAUGUCAAAUAAGAAUAGGGUGUUAAGGGGUUUGACUCAAGAUGCUAGUUGCAAAGUGUGUGGUGCGUUAGAGGAGGAUGUGGAACACAUCUUGCGGAAAUGCCCUGCUGCAAUAUCAUUGUGGAGCAAGUUUCCAUGGAUUCCUAAUAAUGAAUUCCUGAACCAGCCUUUCCAUAUGUGGCUCGACUCGAAUUUGAAUGAGAACAACCAAGCGUGGGCAGAAAAUUGGUACAUUGUAUUUGCUAAUUCUUUGUGGUGGUUAUGGAGGUGGAGGAACAACAAAUGCUUUUAUCCAAACCCUGACAUCCCUAUGGACCAGAUUACAUUUAUAAUGGGCCAAGUGGGUAAUAUAACCCAAGCUAUGCGCAAAGUAGACCUGAUGAUGGGCAAGCGCAAGAGACAGAGAGAAGAGAUUUAUGUGAGAUGGAUCGCUCCAAGGGAGGGGUGGGUCAAGCUAAACACGGAUGGGGCAUCAAAAGGAAAUCCGGGAAGGGCGGGGUGUGGAGGUGUUAUUCGUGGUAAUGGAGGUGAGAUUUUUGAUGUCUAUGCCUCAAACUGUGGGACCUGUUCUUCUACUAAGGCUGAGUUACUAGGUGUGGUCAGAGGGCUAGCUAUAGCAUGGAACGCCGGAUUCAAGAAAGUGGUGUUGUCGGUUGAUUCGGAGGUGGUCGUAAAACUGCUUAUGGAGACUAAUAUUCCUAAUUCUUCAUCUUUUCAUUUAAUUAAUCGGUGCAAGAGUAUGAUUAAGAGACAUGGUUGGGAAGUCAGAGUUGGGCACUGUUACCGUGAGGCUAAUCGUGCAGCGGACUGGCUAGCCAAUUACGGUGUUAACAUGGAGCAACGAAUCUUACUAUUUGAGGCGAUCCCGGGGGAUCUUCGAACCAUUUUAUUGGAGGACCUAAGGGGGAUGACGAUAGCUAGAAGAGUCCCUGCUCCUGCUGCGUGA